AUGAAACCAGAAACUUUAGUUAUGAAAAUAAUAGAAGCUGUUGAAACAGAUUCCCCAACUGUAAUAACUUUCAACGGUAAAAAAAUCAACAUAACUAAAAAACUUAUUGAUAAAUACAAAUAUUGUAAAGUCAGAGACGAUAUAGAUUUAGAAAGAAUUGAUACAAAUGUAAAAAAAGGUGGAUUUAUAUUUUCCUUACCUUUAAUAUUUGCUGGUAUUACCGCGGCGGCUACAGUCGCUGGUGUUACAGCUGAUGGAGUCAAAGCUGUUAACGCAAAGAAAGCAGCUGGUGCUAAAGCCGCUGAAGAACGUAGACAUAAUUUAAAAAUGGAAAAGUUGGCCAAAGGUUCAGGAGUGGGAGAAAUGAUAGGCACAAUGAAAGAAUUUGGAAAAAGAUUUAGUGAAGAAACCAAGAAAACUGUUAAACAAGGAUUAAAUAAAUUAGUAGAUAGUAUUGACACAGGGGAAAUCAAAGUCAAACAUAAGGAAAUAUUUCCUAAUAACCCAAUGCUCAUGUGUAUAUGCGGUAGUUCCGGUUCUGGGAAAACUCAUCUCACUUUUAACAUGUUGACAACACCAAACCUUUUAGAUUUCGAUUCUCUGUAUAUCUACACAACAACACCAGAACAAUCGUAUUAUCAAUUCCCCAAAGCUUUAGAAUAUUUACCAAAGAAAGAUGUUCAAGACCUAUUUCAAUAUUACGAAGAAAACGAAGAAGAAGUGGAAAUAAAAGAUUUCAUAGAUAACUACAUCGAAGGAAAGAAACCAACGGAUAUAAAAGUUUUUCUUAAGAAAAAUGUUAAUGAUCUAGAUUUGUCUAAAAUUGAUAGCGAGCGAAAGAGCUUAGUAGUGUUUGACGACUGCGUAGUUAAACUAUAUAAAAGAGUAAUUGAAGAAGAUAAUUAUGCUGAAGACAACAAUUCAAUCACACAAGAAAUAGACGAAUUCGAAGAUAUGGUAUCUGGACAAGGUAUAACGUUUUUAUCCGACAACAACGAGGAACUACUUAAUAGAUUACGAGUAAUAUUAGCGGCAAUGAAGGAAGGACAUCGAUCGCACAGACAAUUUAAUGAAGUGAAUUGUAUAUUAAAAAGACUCCUAGAGAAAGGUAUCAUAGAUAAAAAUGAUUAUAAAAGCGUAAUAAAAAAUGUCAAAUAA